AUGUUUAUACAUAUGGACCAAUCAAUUAAACUGAAUCACUGUUGUUCUCCCUCAUCGAUGCAAAACAAGCUAAUCAAUGGAGUUCAAAUGAAAGCAAAUUGUAUAGUAGAUUGUGAUUAUUGUCAUUUACCUUGUAUCAUUCAAAAACAUAAUAAAUCUCACAUCGCUUCACUAAAUUCUACCAAAGAACCAUGUUCAAUAAGAAAUUCAAUUUAUGUACCUGAAAAUCGACAAACUAUUAUGGGAUCAUUUUGUCGACAGAUAACCUCGUCCAUUAUUCCUCCUUCAGACCCGAUUUUAUCUUAUUGUAAACCAACAGAUUUAAAUUUGACUUCAAAUAAUAAUUAUAUUGCAUCAGUGCCAUCGAUGUUUCAACCGUUACCUUUUUUACUACAAUCGACUUCGUCUUCAGUGAUACCAGUUUCAUCGUCAUCAACCUUAUCGUCCAGUUUAUCAUCUUUUCAUAGUCCGUAUAAUUUACCAUCGUCUGUUUAUCCAUCCGUACCAUUUUCUAACCAUCUAUGUCCUUCAUACUGUUCUUUCUCAUCUCAUAGUUUAAAACCUAUUCCAAGCGUUAAACCUUAUUUAUCCUCUAAUCAUACAUAUUUAGAGUCAUCUAGGAUUAUACUGGAUAAUGUCAAUAGUAAAUCAUUUAAUCAAACGACUACAUUCAAUGCCCCCAGUACGACAAUAACAACUGCGACUAUGAAUACCGCUGCUAUAAUUACAAAUACAACAGAAGAUUGUGCUUAUCAUCAAUCCGAGCAAUUAAAUUCAACUAUAUUACAUCAUGCAUCCAGUGAUAGUUUAUCUAAUCAAGACAGUAAAUCCUCUUUCUUAUAUCCACCUGUUUUCAAUUUCGCCUCUCCUAAAAUUUCUGCCAUCGUUGAAAAUAUUAGUGAUAAUAAUAACUCUUUAACUAAUUCAGUUGCUGAUCAAUUCCCAACAUCUAGUUCAAAUAUUCCUCAAACUAGCUUAAUUCCAUCAUCAACAUCAUUGACUUGCAUAAAUGUAUCUCAAUUAACACAAACCUCUACUGUGUCUCCAACUCAACUGCUUAGUAAUAAUACCAACGAUAAUCUAUCGAAUAACUUCGAAAAUGGUAUGCUGAUUACUAACAGUAAUAGUAAUAGCAGCGGUAGUAGUAGUAGUAGUAGUAGUAGUAGUAGUAGUAGUGGUACCAUUACUACUAGUUGCAUCAGUACUAUCAAUGAUGAUUUGAAUAUUGACAAAAAAUCGCCUAGUCUUAAUAUUAACAAUUCAUCUGAGUCAAAUACUUCGGAAAGCACAAAUGCUGACGAAAAACGCAACGGUCUUCCACGUUUCAAUUUACGCUAUACUAAUGUACUUCAUUAUCCAAAAUAUUCCAGUCGUAAAAAUUCAGGCUUUGAAAGACGUCUUAAACAUACUGGACUAAUUUUAGAUGCAAAGUCAACUUUACGUUUAUUAAGAAAAUUCUUACAACCAUUCGUUAAUCGUGACUUUGAUCAGCUUAUGAAAAAGUAUAUGGAUGAUUUCAUUCUACUGGCUGUGAAUAAUAUUCGUGAUGUAUUAGGUGAACAAUCUGUGUCUGAAAGUGAUUUGACUAAAUUUCGUCAAAGUUUAAUCCAUCGGGCCGUCAUACGUUAUUUCCCUGAACGUCCUCAGAGGGAUUUUAUCAAUCACCAGGGAACUAGAAGUAAUCCUUCUCCAAAAACUGGGGAUAACAAACCCGAAAAGCAAAGUAUUCAGAAGUCAGAUUUGAUUAUGCAGUCAAAAAUAAAUUCAUUUAGUGCUUUUCCUUCGAAAUGGGCAGAUUCGAAACUUCAUUCACGUAUUCCAACUCCUGAUUCAUUAGAGUCAUCCAUGUCUCUUAAUAACUCUCCUCAACUUUCACCGAUACCUAGCUCAGAUCCGAUCAGUUUCGAUAAAUCUUUUCUAUCUACUAAUGAUAUUCCAAAUCCAACUGUUGACAAAACCUUUCAAACUGUAUAUUCACCUCUACACAAUCCAGUGGCCGGAGAUAAUGAAUCACAUUAUAGUUUAAGAAAUAUCUCUAAUAAUUCAUCACUUAGAAAUGUACGUAAAAGAUUGCAUCCAUCCAAUCGUUUGAAAAUUUCCCCGAUUUCCUAUGAUACAUCUACGUCUGACAAUAGUAAUAAUCUUAUAAUUAAUACUGAAUCAUUCACCGCCGCAGACUGUGAUAUUAAUAAUUUACAAGAAAAAUGUACCAGUUUACCAUUGUCUUCUCAUUCACCGUCAUCAGCUUCGUCAAGUUCUACGGUUGGAUUUUUCCGUGAUCCAUUUAGUUCAGAUAGUGAAGGGACAUUAAUUGACUCAUCAAAUAUCAAGUUAUCAGGACAAAGUAAUAAUACACAGAUCAAUAGAUCAUCAACUUAUGGAUUUCAUUAUUCACCUGGUUUAUCAUCAACUAUAAAAAAUAAUUCCAAUGCUCCAAUUCAUAGACUAAAAUCAAAAUCAUCAAGAGGUCGUAAAACUCCAUGGUGGGAUAGAACUCGCGGAAAAAAAUCCAAAUGCAAAGUUACUAAUAUUAGUAGCAACACUCAAUACGAUAAACAUAAUGAAAAUUUAACAGAUGAGAAGAAUUCACUAGUUGAAAAUGAUUACCGACAAUUUAUCAACACACUGUCCAAUCAGUCCGUUACUUCAUCUGUAAUUCAUGCUAGUAACAAUAUCACUAAUGAUCUCCUGGAUAAUUCUAAUCAAAACAUCCACAAUAAUCAUAGUAAUGCACGUAAAAAUAAGUCUUCACGUCUAUCUAGAAAAAAGUGCACUGCAAAAAAAAGCACUGUGAAUAAUUUUACCACCAAAAAUAGCAAUGUAACAAAGUUCACAUUUGAUCAAAAUACGCAUUUCGCGCUGGGCUCAUCAGCAAAUACAUGGCUUGGUAUGGGUACUGCACGUGGUCGUAUUUACAGUAAACAUCCAGAAUUAUUUCGUUAUAUUUGUGAUAAUGAAGAUAAAGCAUGGCUUGUUCAAACUGGCCUCAUUAUUAGUCAUGGCGUCAAAGCAUAUUUAGUUCAUGCUGAACAAGUACAUCAAAUUGCUACACAACAAAUUAAUUCACAUUCAUCAAAAGCUGAUAUAGAAAAACUAAAAACCUUUAAACUACCUUAUUGGUUUCUACAAAAAGUUAAAACUGUCGCAUCACGUCAUUCAUUUUUCGUUCAUGUUAUAUCAACUGAAGAAGAGUUCACGAAGAACGAAAUAGAAAAAAAUAAACAGAAUAAUUCUUCAUCAAUUGAUGGACCAUUUCCUUCUCCUUUUAUACAAUCAUCAUCUUCGUCUAUAUCCCGACCAAAUAUUAUUCAAUCCAAAUCGAACAAUUCAAUCUCUUUGUCGAAUCCAAUGGAAAUCAAUCAUUGUACUAGUCAUAAUAUUAUUACUAAUAUACCAUCAUCUAGAAAAAUCCUAUGUAAACUUGGUCUACCUCUGGUUAUCCUUAUGUAAAAAUCAACAGUGGCGAUUUUUUUUUCAUGAUCAAUUAAUUCAAAUGAAAAUUUAAUGAUCCAAUCCCUUUUACCACUAUUCAACUCACAGAUACUAUAUAUUCUCAUUUUUUCUACGUCAGAUCGAAAAUAUCAUUAGGAUUUAGGUUGUUUCCGUGUCUGAAUAAAUUUCUGUUUUGAAUAUUCACUACAUGCUUCCAUCUUGAAAAAGAAACUGAUUUUCCUAUUUAUAUAGAAAAUUAUAAGUACAAAUUAGUCCAUUUCAUUGAAUUAGCUUUAUUGAUAACCUUAGAUGAAUGAAAAAUAACAAAUAUUAUGGGAUUAAUUAAAUUUAUUUCAUUUUUUUUGGUGCUCUAAUUCUCCCACAAACUCACUGAUUUGUAUAAACAAUAAUAUGUUUUACAAUGCAAUUAUGUAUGUAACAUGUAUAAAGUCAUUUAUUUCACUAAUGAAAAAUAAUUUUAAUUAAUAUCCCUUUUUUAUAUAAAAUGAACUUGUAUGUUUGCGAAUUCAGCAAGAAAGAGAGAAUAUGACUUCAUCGUAUAUGCAGAUUUUUAAGAUUACAAUAGAUAGAUAGAUAGAUAGAUAGAUAGAUAGAUAGAUAGAUAGAUAGAUAGAUAGAUAGAAUGAUGAAAACGAUAGUAAUUACCAAAAAAUAACUCUAUAGUAAUCAUAAUAAUGAUAUAGUAGUUGAAGACGUCAUGAGAAAACGAAAUAAUAUUGAAAUGAUUGGACCAGUUGUAAUAACCAUUAAUUAGAAUUGAAAGUAUUGUAGUGAACAGAACACUGGUGGGGACAAUCGAAUUGUAUUUAGCACAAAAUUACCGAGUUACUUGGUAAAAUAGAAUAACCAUAUAGUAAAUCGUUCAUUUGCAACAUAUCAAUCGAUUGUCUCACAUUUCAUUGUUCAUGCGUUUUCUUACAAAUUGCAUUGUGUUCCUGCUCUUCCUUUCUUGAUCUUCCUCCAUCUUCUGCUGCCAGACAUUACGUUUUUAACUCGCGUCAUAUACUACUUAUAUCAAUCUAAGUAGCACGCACCACAGUAUCACUAAACUAAACAGUGGAAGUAUUAUUGUAAGUAAAUAAAGAUAAGAUCAGUGAAAUAAAGCAAACUUUCGAAAAUGAGAAAAAUAAUAAAGGAAAAAUUAUCAGUUAAACGAUCAAUAUAACAGUGCCAAGUAAACUACAAGUUAUUUUGUACACAAAAUUGGGGUAGCAGCUGCCUCUGUAUGACAUGGAAAUUUGCCGUUAUUCCGUAUAUUUGUCGCUCAGAAUUUUCAUUGUGUGUCUUCCCAUGGUACUGCUAGGUAGUUUGAAGCCAUUCAAGAUCAAAUGUUCCAGCCUAUGUUCCGAGUUUCUGUUAUAUCAUACUCUCUCCAUUUUUCUAACGUAUGUGAUGUAGUAGGUACAGGCGAAAAGCUUGAAGUUCAAGGAAAACAUCCAAUCACAACCUCAAUUCUACCCUCCCUUUUCCAGGUGACACUAAAAUCAGUAUGAUUUAGUUUUAUGUCUUCGGUUCACCUAGUAUAUUCUGUUUAGGUUUUUAACAAGGAGAAAAGUGUAUCAAUCGAUAAUGUAAGAACUCGAAUCAUUUAUGUUUUGCUUUUGUCUUAUGUUACGUAUACCAUAUCACCAUCUAUUAUUACACAACUAAAGUAGAUUGAUUUUGACCUACGUUUCAUUCUUGAUGUUACCGUAGACCUAGUGACUUAGUAACAAUGAUCCAUAUUACUCUUGUUAUCUGUUUUUUUCUUCAACAACUUAUAUUUUAUGGUUUUAAUUUGAUUGAAUCAUGUCUACUUGUUUAAUGUGAGUUUUUUCUGUUAAAAUUUAGAAUUCCCCAGUUAUAGUACCCUCCUCAUCACCAUCGUCAUUGUCGUUGGCUUCUUCUUCAUCUGUCACAUCUAAAUAUUCUUUGGCUGCAUCAUCAUCGGUGCAGGAGUAUCAUGACACGGACAAUAAUCAAAACAGUAAUAAUAAUAAUAAUAAUAAUAAUAAUAAUAAUAAUAAUGUUCUAUUAAACCGUAAUUACACCAAGUCAAAUUGGAAAUCAACCAAUUCUUACUCAAAAACUAUGUCUAUCGACAACACUGAUCAGAAUAAUAAUAAUUUAGUAAAUACAAUUCAGUCACUUCCUAGUCCCAACCCACCAACAUUGGAACGUUUUGAUUAUACUACUAAUAGAUAAAUAGCUAGUAAUACAUGUAUGCAUGAUUGAUAAUGUUCAGUUUUUUGCUUUCAAUUAAUACUUGGUCUUUCAGUUCAUUCGAUUGAUUUAUUUUUAUUCGUUCAUCCAAUCACUCACUUGUUGCCAUUUCUUUUUCGAUCCUAGAAUAUUCCGGUUUUUUCUCUCUCUCUCUCUUUAUUUCAUUUCUCAUUACGUGAUAAUUUGCUUGUUGUUGAUAAUCUCUAAUAUUUUUUCAUUCAUUAAUUAAGAUGAUAAACUGUGUAUUGUUGUUGUGAUGGUGAUAGUUGUGAUUAUUGUUUCACUUGUGCAUUUCAGCAUAAACAAACAAACAGAUAACAAAAGAAAGUGAAUAAAAAAACAUAGACCUAUUUGAAAAGUUUCUUCCUUUGUCAGUGAAAUUGUCAUUUAACUGUCCUCUUUGUUCUUUGAAAUCCUGUUACGUUUUCUUCAUUUUUUUCCGUGUAUGUGAAUGUGAAUGUAAUUGUUUUGUAUUAAAAAGAGAAUAUUGUACAUACAAUAAACAUUAAAAUAUGGCUGUCUGUAUAUAUGUAUUUAAUAUUGUUACUGUAAUAAUGGCUGUGUACUAAUUAUUUUCAUAUUAUAUCAUCAUUUAUUAUUUUCACUGUCGUCUGGUAUUGAUUUCAUCCUAUUUCUUUUGUUUCCAUAUUCUUUUCCUUUUUAAUGAAGAAUAAUUCAGCUCAUUAUAUGUAUGUAUGGUUCUUCUUUUCUCCAUCUUUCUCAAGCUUGAUUUGAAUCACUACAUAUUAUAAAUACACAUUUCUGUUUUUGAAUAAUCAGUAUUCGUUCAUAUAAAAUCGGUGCUGUUAUUUGCUUUAGUUACGCAGUUCAUACUUACAUAUAUACUAAUACUUCUACGAUGUCUUUGUAUACUACCUCUUUUUAUUUUCUGAUACUAACAAUUCAUCAUUAUGCUUUGUUAUGUUUGUGCUGUGUGUAUAUUUUUGUUUGAGGGGGGGGGGGUUGUCUGUAUAACUCAUGUAUGGCUUCUGGUUCACUCAUUUAAAAUGUCAUGUUUUUCUGAAUAAAUAGUCAAGAUGUAUUGAUUCAUUAAUAAGUUUGACUGUGAAAACAAAUUGUUAUUGCCUUUCAUUUGAAGAUGUCAUUCUCAUUUCUCGGUUCCCCAGUCUUAUCGACGCUUGCUAUAGAUUUUAUGUAACUGCCAUCAAAAUUUCGGUAAUUUAAGCCACCCAGUAUUAAUAAUUUUAGGAAGGCUGUUAUAAAAUGAUCUUGAUUUUAAAGUAACGGAACUACUAUGACUUAUCUAAGUCUCAUUAAUUUGUAUUAAACACCACUACACUUUUUUAAAAUAAUACUUAUUUAAAAUUGCCCAGUUUUCGAGCUAAGAUUGUUAACGUCAUUAUCACCAUUAAGGCAUGUCAUUUUUCCUAUUGUGUCUAGUGUCACUUUCAAAGCAAUAUGAUGAAAAUUCACAUUUUGAUUUCACUCAGUUGUGCAUUUAUCAUUUAAGGUUAAUUCCUACAAUACUUUUCUGCGAUUGUAAACAAGAAUCGUUUGUUUGCGAUGCAAAACAUCUUGAUUUAUAUGAUUCAUUUAUAUUCCUCCAACUGGGUCUUAGGUUGACUAAUAUUUUAGCUAAGAUCUGGGAGUUAGACGUUAUUCCGUCUGACUGGUCACAAUCACUUAUCGUCCCCAUAUAUAAGAGAAGGUUAAAAUCAUUCUGU